AUGGAAUAUGGUAAUUGGUAUGAAAGUGAAAGCCCUAAAAUAACUGUUGAUAAUGAAAGCUUUGAAAUAACUGAAGAUCCUGAAAUAACUAUCAUAAAUAAAAAUUUGGAAAUAAGUACUAUAAAUGAAAAUUCAGAAAUAACUAUUGUAAAUAAAAAUUUUGAAAAAACUGUUAUAAAUAAAAGUACACAAACAGCUACUUCUGUUAACAACAAAUGCAAAAGAACAACUUGA